GACUUCUGUCUGAGGAAAUCUCGGCAGCCCUUCUCCUAUAUCUCGAACCUACGACUCUCCUCGCUCAGAUCCUAAAGAAAAGAAUAGAAGAAUGGCUGCUCAGGGUUCUACGGGCGUUCCCUCGCCGUUGAUGAGCCCUACUUCGCCUGUUAUGAUGAGCUCUGCUUUCCCGGUUGCUCCGCUUACGCCUGAGCAACCUCACCGCUCCGAUGCGCCGAAGAUGCAGAGUCAGAAGUGGCCUGCGCCGCCUGCUACGGCUGCUUGCCUCAAGAUGUUGGUGGAUGGCGACCACACGAACCUCGGGCCUGAGCCUCCCAAGGUUUGCCUCGAUCUCGCUGAUGGAUCGAGCUACACUGGAUACUCUUUCGGUGCCGACAAGACUGUUGCCGGAGAGUUGGUUUUCCAGACCGGUAUGGUCGGUUACCCCGAGUCCAUCACUGAUCCGUCCUACCGUGGACAGAUCCUCGUGAUCACUUUCCCUUUGGUCGGAAACUACGGUGUUCCUUCCCGCGAGACCUACGAUGCUCUCCUCGACACUCUUCCUGCCCACUUUGAGGCUUUGGAGAUCCAUGUCGCUGCUCUUGUUGUGUCCUCCUACUACGAGGACUUUUCUCACUACCUCGCCUCCUCGUCUCUCGGCGACUGGUUGAAGGAGCAGGGUGUCCCCGCUAUCUACGGUGUUGACACUCGUGCCCUCACCAAGAAGAUCCGUACCCAGGGUGUCAUGAUGGGUCGUUUGUUGCAGGCCAACAAGGGUGAGAAGGUCAUUCCUGCCGAGUACGCCGGUAAGGAGUCCGAGGCCUGGAGGUCCGAGUUCGAGUACAUCCCCUUCUCCGACCCCAACACCGGUAACUUGGUUGCCGAUGUCUCUGUCAAGGAGACUCGUCUUUACAAGCCUGACCCCGCUACCGCGUUGAAGCACCCCUCCGGACGCACUCUUCGUGUCUUGUGUGUUGAUGUCGGUAUGAAGUACAACCAGAUCAGGUGCUUCGUUCACCGUGGUGUCGAGUUGAAGGUCGUCCCAUGGAACGCUGACUUCAACAACGAGUCUGAGCCUUACGAUGGUUUCUUCAUCUCCAACGGUCCUGGUGACCCGGCUGUCAUGAAGGAGACUGUUGAGCAUAUCCGUACUGCUAUGGAGGCCAAGCGCGUCCCCAUGUUCGGUAUCUGUUUGGGACAUCAGCUCAUGUCCCGUGCCGCUGGCGCUGAGACCGUCAAGCUCAAGUUCGGUAACCGUGGUCACAACAUCCCCUGUACCAACUUGUUGAACGGACGUUGUUACAUUACUUCCCAGAACCACGGUUACGCCGUCGAUGCUGAGACUCUUCCCGCUCCCUGGAAGCCUCUCUUCAUUAACGCCAACGAUGGCUCCAACGAGGGUGUUUACAACACCGAGCUCCCUUACUUCUCUGUUCAGUUCCACCCCGAGUCCACUCCUGGACCCCGUGACACCGAGUUCUUGUUCGAUGUCUUCAUUAACUCGGUCGUCGAGUCCGCUGCUUCUGGCAAGCUCGUCCAGAUGAAGAUGCCCGGUGGCACCAUCGAGGAGAACGUUGCCAAGUAUCCUCGUGUUCACCCCAAGAAGGUCCUCGUUCUCGGAUCUGGAGGCUUGUCUAUUGGUCAGGCCGGUGAGUUCGAUUACUCCGGUUCCCAGGCUAUCAAGGCUUUGAAGGAGGAGGGUAUCUACACCAUUCUUAUCAACCCCAACAUUGCCACCAUUCAGACCUCCAAGGGUCUUGCGGACAAGGUUUACUUCUUGCCCGUAACCCCCGACUACGUCCGUAAGGUCAUCAAGCACGAGCGUCCUGACGCCAUCUACUGUACCUUCGGUGGACAGACCGCUUUGUCUGUCGGUAUUGCCCUCAAGGACGAGUUCGAGGGUCUCGGUGUGAAGGUUUUGGGUACCCCUAUCCAGACUGUCAUCGUCACUGAGGACCGUGAGCUCUUCGCCAACGCUUUGGCUGAGAUCAACGAGAAGUGCGCUCAGUCUGAGGCUUGUAACACCACCGAGGAGGCUAUCUCCGCUGCCAACAACAUCGGUUACCCUCUUAUUAUCCGUGCCGCCUACGCUCUUGGUGGUCUUGGUUCCGGUUUCGCCGAUAACGAGCAGGAGUUGGUCGAACUUUGCGCUAAGGCUUUCGCCAACUCUCCUCAGGUCUUGGUUGAGAAGUCCAUGAAGGGAUGGAAGGAGAUUGAGUACGAAGUCGUCCGUGACUGCAGGGACAACUGCAUUACAGUUUGUAACAUGGAGAACUUCGACCCUCUCGGUAUUCACACUGGUGACUCCAUUGUCGUCGCUCCUUCUCAGACCCUGUCUGACGAUGACUACAACAUGUUGCGUGACACCGCUACCUCCGUUAUUCGUCACCUCGGAGUUGUCGGAGAGUGUAACAUUCAGUACGCCUUGAACCCUGUCUCUAAGGAGUACUGCAUUAUCGAGGUUAACGCCCGUUUGUCUCGUUCCUCCGCUCUUGCCUCCAAGGCCACUGGUUAUCCCUUGGCUUUCGUCGCUGCUAAGUUGGGUCUCGGUAUCCCCUUGAACGAAGUCAAGAACUCCGUCACCAAGGUCACUGUUUCCUGUUUCGAGCCUUCCCUCGACUACUGUGUCGUCAAGAUGCCCCGUUGGGACUUGAAGAAGUUCACCCGUGUUUCUACCCAGCUCUCUUCUGCCAUGAAGUCUGUUGGUGAGGUCAUGUCCAUCGGUCGUACCUUCGAGGAAGCCAUGCAGAAGGCUAUCCGUGCCGUCGACUACUCCAACCCUGGAUUCACUGAGACUCCCGCGUUCUUCAAGAUCGACCAGGAAUUGCAGUUCCCUUCGGACCAGCGUUUGUUCGCUGUUGCCAACGCCAUGCACGCUGGCUACACUGUCGACCGCAUCUGGGAGUUGACUCGCAUUGACAAGUGGUUCUUGAACCGUUUGAUGUCUCUCGUCACUCUCGAGAAGACUGUCCGCAGCAAGUACAACUUCACCAACGUGCCCUUGUCCUACAUCCGUCGCGCUAAGCAGAUGGGUUUCUCCGACAAGCAGCUUGCUUCCAUGCUUAACUCCAACGAGCAGCAGAUCCGCCGCAUGCGUGUUGAGGCCGGUAUUACGCCUUUCGUCAAGCAGAUCGACACUGUCGCUGCCGAGUUCCCUGCCUACACCAACUACUUGUACGUGACCUACAACGCUAGUGAGCACGACAUCACCUUCGAGGACCGUGGUGUUAUGGUCCUUGGUUCCGGUGUGUACCGUAUUGGUUCCUCCGUCGAGUUCGACUGGUGUGCUGUCCGCACUGUCCGUACUCUCCGCGAGCAUGGUGUCAAGACCAUCAUGGUUAACUACAACCCUGAGACCGUCUCCACCGAUUACGACGAGGCUGACCGUCUCUACUUCGAGAACAUUGACAUUGAGCGUGUCCUUGAUAUCUACGAGUUGGAGCAGUCUGCUGGUGUUGUUGGAUCCAUGGGUGGUCAGACUCCUAACAACAUUGCCUUGGCUCUUCACCGUUUGAACGUCAAGAUGCUCGGUACCUCUCCCGAGAACAUCGACACCGCCGAGAACCGUUUCAAGUUCUCUCGCAUGCUUGACCGCAUCGGUGUCGACCAGCCUUUGUGGAAGGAGCUUACCUCUUUCGAGGAGGCUCGCGAGUUCGCCAACAGGGUUACGUACCCCGUCUUGGUCCGUCCUUCCUACGUGUUGUCUGGUGCUGCCAUGAACACCGUCUGGUCCGAGGAUGACCUCGAGAACUACUUGAAGCAGGCUGCUGCCGUCUCUAAGGAGUACCCUGUUGUUAUCACCAAGUACAUUGAGAACGCUAAGGAGAUUGAGAUGGAUGCCGUCGCUAAGGACGGUAAGAUGAUCUUCCACGUCAUCUCCGAGCACAUUGAGAACGCUGGUGUCCACUCUGGUGACGCUACCCUUGUCUUGCCUCCUCAGGACUUGGACCCUGUUACCAUGCAGCGUAUUACUGAGGCUACUGCCAAGAUCGGAUAUGCUCUCAACAUCACCGGUCCCUACAACAUCCAGUUCAUCGCCAAGGACAAUGACAUCAAGGUCAUCGAGUGUAACGUCCGUGCCUCUCGUUCCUUCCCCUUCGUCUCGAAGGUGAUGGGUGUUGACCUUAUCGAAAUGGCUACUAAGGCUAUGAUGGGCUUGCCCGUCUCUCCUUACCCCAAGGUUGAGUUGCCCAAGAAGUACGUCGCCGUUAAGGUGCCUCAGUUCUCUUUCAGCCGUUUGGCUGGUGCUGACCCCGUUCUCGGUGUCGAGAUGGCCUCCACUGGUGAGGUUGCUUGUUUCGGUGCGGACAAGUACGAGGCUUACUUGAAGGGUUUGAUCUCCACUGGAUUCAAGCUCCCCAAGAAGAAGAACGUUCUUCUUUCUAUCGGUUCCUUCCGCGAGAAGAUGGAGAUGCUUCCUUCCAUCAAGACCCUUCACAAGCUCGGCUUCACCUUGCACGCUACGGCUGGUACUGCUGACUUCAUCAAGGAGCACGGUCUUCCCGUCCGUUACCUCGAGGCUUUGCCCGACUCUGCUGAGCAGAACGCUGAGUACUCCUUGAACGAGCACUUGGCUAACAACUUGAUCGACCUCUACAUCAACUUGCCUUCCUCCAACCGCUUCCGUCGUCCUGCCUCCUACACUUCGACUGGUUACCGUACCCGUCGUAUGGCCGUUGACUUCUCCAUUCCUUUGGUGACCAACGUCAAGAACGCCAAGAUCUUAAUCGAGGCUUUCGCUCGCAGGACCGACUUCGACGUCUCCGUUGUUGACUUCCAGUCCAGCCACCAGACCUUGACUUUUCCUGGUCUGAUCAACUUGGCUGCCUUCGUCCCCGGACUCGUCGAGGAGGGUACUAAGGACUUCGAGCAGAUGACCAAGGCUUCUGUUACUGCCGGCUUCACCAUGGCUCGUGUCAUGCCUCUUGGUGCCGCUGGCUCCAUCGAGGAUGCCAAGUCGCUUGCUAUUGCUCAACGCAACGCUCAGGGUGCCGCUCACUGUGACUUCAACUUCUCUGUUGCUGCCACUUCCAGCAACACUGACGAAGUUGACAAGCUUGCUGGUGAUGUUGGAUCUCUCUUCAUCCCCUUCAAUCACCUCUCUGGUAAUGUCAACAAGGUUGCUGCCGUCGCUUCCCACUUCGGUGUUUGGCCCGAGUCCAAGCCUAUCGUUUCUGACGCUAAGGCCACUGACCUGGCCUCCAUCUUGUUAUUGGCCAGCUUGCAGUCCCGCCCCGUUCACAUCACUAACGUGACCACCAAGGACGACAUGGCUCUCAUCUCUCUCGCUAAGAGCAAGGGAUUGAACGUCACUUGCGACGUCUCCGUUUACGCUUUGUUCCUUUCCCAGAAGGACUACCCUGAGGUUGCCUGUUUGCCUACUGUGGAGGACCAGGAGGCUUUGUGGAAGAACAUCGCCGAUGUUGACUGCUUCUCUAUUGGUUCUUUGCCUUACCACGUUGCUCACGCUCUCAACAAGCCUUUGUCUGCUGACCUUGGUAUUGCUGAGGCUUUGCCUUUGUUGCUCGGUGCCGUUGCUGAGGGUAAGUUGUCUAUGGACGAUGUCACCUCCCGCUUCUACUACAAGCCUAAGGAGAUCUUCGAUUUGCACGACCAGCCCGACUCUUCCGUCACUGUUGAGGCUGACCGCAAGUACGAGUUCAAGUCUGCUGGUGCGUGGUCUCCUUUCGAGGGCCGCAAGGUUGCUGGUAAGAUCCUCAACGUCCAGUUCGAGUCCAAGGCCGUCUUCCAGGAUGGUUCUUUCACCUCUGCUGGUACCGACGGAAAGGACAUGUCUGCUUCCGUCUUGAGCAAGCCUACCGUUGGUACUCCUGCUCGUGCUCGCAAGUCUGUCUCCCGUGAGGCGCUCGGUGCUUCCCCCAUCCUCGCUGCCCAGAGCCACCUCGAGGCGAUCCCCUCCAUCUCCUCCGCCUUGUCUGGCACUUCUUCCUUGAAGGACAUGGUUUCCAACACCCCCUUCUUCCGCAAGAACGUCAUCUCGGUGAAGCAGUUCAACCGCGAGGCUUUGCACCUUCUCUUCAGUGUCGCUCAGGAGAUCCGCAUCCAGGUUGAGCGUUACGGUGUCUUGGACUUGUUGCAGGGACGUGUCUUGGCUACCAUGUUCUACGAGCCCUCUACUCGCACCUCGGCUUCCUUCGAUGCCGCUAUGCAGAGGCUCGGUGGUAAGACCCUUGCCAUCACUGCCAGCGCCUCGAGCGUUGCAAAGGGCGAGUCGCUCGCCGACACCAUCCGUACGUUGUCUUCGUACUCUGAUGCUAUUGUCUUGCGACACCCGUCGGCCGAAUCGGCGGCUACGGCGGCUAAGUCCUCCCCGGUACCGAUCAUCAACGCUGGCAACGGCAGCGUCGAGCACCCUACUCAGGCGUUUACUGACCUCUUCACCAUCCGUGAGGAGCUCGGUACCGUCAACGGAUUGACCAUCACCUUCGUCGGUGAUCUCCGUUACGGCCGUACCAUCCAUAGCCUUAUCCGCUUGCUCAGCUUCUACCACGUCAACGUCAACUUGGUUUCGCCUCCUGCUCUUAGGCUCCCUGCUGACUUGGUCGCUGAGUUGAACACCGAGACCAUGACCAUCAAGGAGCACAUUGCUCUCUCCCCUGAGCUCGUGGCUUCUACCGACGUUCUCUACGUUACCCGCGUCCAGGGCGAGCGCUUCGAGUCCCCUGAGGAGUACGAGACCUUGAAGGAUACCUUCAUCGUUGACAACGCGGUGUUGAAGAACGCUAAGCAGCACAUGAUCGUGAUGCACCCUCUCCCCCGCAACGCUGAGAUCAGCGGUGAGGUCGACGGUGACCACCGUGCUGCUUACUUCAGGCAGAUGAGGUACGGAAUGUACACCCGCAUGGCUUUGUUGGCAUGUGUCUUGGGUCCCAUGGAGAACAACUAG